GACAUCAUGUGUUGUUUACGUGCAGGAGUGAGCUGGUAGAGGUGAAGGAAAGUGGACUUUUGUUUUUCAAAGAAAGCAAAAAAAGGCAAUAAUAACCAAAUGGCCACUGAUAUUGAAAGGCUGGUUUUGUUCGAGGAGGCGCACUAUGACCAGUAUGAUUAUUACAACCUGAAUGAAUAUCCCUGUCAUGCUGCAGGAAAAGGAAGAACGAAGAAGGAAAUCGGAUUGAACACGAACCGCCAUUGUCCUUCAGGACACGAGAGGAAAAUCGCUGAGAACUACCGCAAUUGCGAGCUAAAGAGGAAAAGGACCAAAAGCUCUUCAUCUUGAACGGUAUAUCAUUG